UCCACCCUCUUCUCUCAGGAUCUGCUUUCACUAGCAGCUUCCUGCAGAGGUCAGACACUGACUGUGAGGCUCUGCAGACUAGAGGGGAGGAACUGCCGAUGCUCAGGUGUGGAGGGACGACUGAGGAGCGUUUGCUGAACACAGGAGGAGGAGGAAGUUUCAGUUGAGGUGGAGACAAGGACAGGUUGAACGGGUUUCUCCCUUCACAAAAGCAGCUCUUACCUGCCUCCCAGUGUUGCAUUCCAGCGCAGAGAGAAGGAGGGCUCGUCUGUGUUCUUCAGUUUCAGCUCCAACAAGAAACUCAACAUGGCUGAGAAUGAGAACUUUUAUGGCAAAAACGGUGAGCCUCGGAAGUAUGAUCCCACUUUUAAGGGUCCGAUUGAGAAAAGGGGCUGCACGGACAUCGUCUGCUGCAUCCUCUUCAUCAUUUGUGUUUUGGCGUACAUCGCAGUGGGAAUUCUAGCAUGGUCCCAAGGUGACCCCAGGAAGGCCAUCUACCCCACAGACAGCCGAGGGCAGUUCUGCGGGCAGGCUGGAACCCCGCUGGAAAAGAAGCCUCUGGUGUUUUACUUCAACAUCCUUAAGUGUGCCAGUCCCAUGGUGCUGCUGGAGUUCCAGUGUCCGACCACUCAGAUGUGCGUGGAGAAAUGCCCAGAGAAGUACAUGACCUUACUCACUGCGUACAACAUCCCAAAGGAUUUUGAGUACUACAAAAACUUCUGCCAGGAGGGUGUGACCAAUUCAAUGGGAGUGGCAAAUAUCCUCAAGAACGGCCUCUGUCCAGCUGUGCUGAUUCCCAGCAAGUCCUUCACCAAAAGGUGCUUUCCUUCUCUGGGCCUGAAGAACGGCAAAGUAACUGUGGGAGGCCAGGAGCAGGUGAACGAUGGAGAAGGAAACACCAUCCCAGCUGAGGACCUUCUAUAUGGAGUCAAGAAUGCAACUGUGGUCAUCGAGGCCCGUCAGGUGGUGAUGAAAAUCUUCGAGGAUUAUACUCAGUCCUGGUACUGGAUCCUCAUAGGCUUGGCAAUAGCAAUGGUCGUCAGUUUGCUCUUCAUCGUCCUCCUGCGGUUCCUGGCAGCCAUCAUGGUCUGGAUCGUGGUUGCCUUGGUGAUUGUGGUGAUAGGAUAUGGUAUCUUCCACUGCUACAUGGAGUAUGCUAGCCUGAAGGGAGAGCCGGGCGCUAACGUCACUAUCCAGGAACUGGGCUUUCAGACCGACUUCGCCGUCUACCUGCAGCUCAGACAGACCUGGCUGGCCUUCAUGAUCAUCCUGGCUAUCGUAGAAGUCAUCAUCAUCCUCCUGCUCAUCUUCCUGAGGAAGAGGAUCCUCAUCGCCAUCGCUCUCAUCAAGGAAGCUAGCAGAGCCAUUGGUUAUGUGAUGUGCUCCUUGUUCUACCCACUGUUCACCUUCCUCCUGCUGGCCUUAGUCAUCGCCUAUUGGGCAGUGACUGCUGUGUUCCUGUCUACCUCCAAUCAACCCAUCUACAAAGUGUUCAAUGAGUCUGCGUGUGAAUACUCAAGACAAACGUGCAACCCGGCAAACUACUCUGAUUCUCCAGAGAAAAAGGCUUGUCCGGACUCCCAGUGCCUUUUUGCCUUCUAUGGCGGAGAGACGCCGUAUCACAAAUACCUGAUCGUCCUGCAGUUCUACAACGUCUUCCUCUUCUUUUGGUGUGCCAACUUCGUCAUCGCUCUGGGACAGAUGACCUUAGCUGGGGCCUUCGCCUCCUACUACUGGGCCUUCUCCAAGCCGGGUGACAUUCCUACCUUCCCCGUGUUUUCUUCUCUGGGGAGAUCUCUCAGGUAUCACACGGGGACUCUGGCGUUUGGUUCACUCAUCCUCUCCAUCGUUCAGCUCAUCAGGGUUCUGCUGGAAUACUUGGACCACAAACUUAAAGGAGCUCAGAACAAGUUUGCAAAGUUCCUGCUGUGCUGCCUGAAGUGCUGCUUUUGGUGUCUGGAGAAGAUCAUCAAGUUCCUGAACAGGAACGCCUACAUUAUGGUGGCAAUAUAUGGCAAAAACUUCUGCACAGCUGCCAAAGACGCCUUCUUCCUGCUCCUCAGGAACCUGCUUAGGGUUGCUGUCUUGGAUAAAGUGACAGAUUUCCUCCUAUUUCUGGGUAAACUGCUGGUGGUCGGGCUCGUAGGAGUCUUUGCCUUCUUUUUCUUCUCUGGGAGAGUGAAGGCCUUUGAGAACACAGCACCGAACCUGCACUACUACUGGGUUCCCAUCCUGACUGUGGUGAUCGGCUCGUACCUCAUUGCCAGCGGGUUCUUCAGCGUGUACUCCAUGUGUGUGGACACGCUCUUCCUCUGUUUCUGCGAAGACCUGGAACGCAAUGACGGCUCGCCCGCAAGGCCGUAUUACAUGUCGGCAAGUCUUGGCGAGGUUCUGUGGAAGGACAAAUCCGGAGACGCGGACUCUUCUCUGCAACACCCAAGCAGCUGGAGCCAGCCUGAAGAGGACCAGGCUUAACCGGAUUUUCCUCACCUUUUCCCACUUUUAGGAAACCACCAGUUUAGCAGAGCAGGUUUUAAUCCUUUAACCCUGUUGCCGGGGACGCUAAGACACAAACUUUUUUUAACAUACUGUAACUUUUCAACCGUUAACAUGAUAAUUCCAGUAGAUUUUGAAGGAGAAAAGCAGCUUUUCUCCUUCAAAAUCUACUGGAAUUAUCAUGUUGAAAAGUUGCAGUAAAUUACAGAACAUCAACACUAGAACUCCGGCGCUAAAGGGUUAAGGGGGAAAAUAACUGUUGUCUUGUUUUGGCAGAGAGGUGAGGUCUGACAUGUAAAGCAUAUUUAUUGGAAAAUUUAAAACAAUAAUCUCUUCUGUGCACGAAAAUACUAAAGUUUGUGUUUAAUAAUCCAGUUUAAAGGGCCUAUACCAUGCAAACAUCCACUUUUUUGAGCUGUUAAUUCCUCACAGGCACCAUUUUGAUCCAUUCAUGCAUCUCUGACCAUUCCUCUAAAACAGGGGUCCCCAGACUACGGCCCGCGGGCCGGAUCAGGCCCUCCUCCACAUUUGGUUCAGCCCCCCAAACACAUAGAAUGUGACUUUUUAUCCUAACCUUCCGCAGUCUGAAUUAUGAUGGGAAGGAUAGACUAAUUAUUGUUUUAUUUUAUUUUAUUUUUUACAUCUUUUAGUACUUUUUUCUGCGAAGAUUACAGAAAUUAAUGAUUUAAAAUUUGGCUGUGAUUGUUUCUUUUUCUGUCAGCCUAGAAGAAAACCCUGCACCCUAAAACCCUGCUCUCUGAGCACCAGCCCCUUCCAACCCACAAAAAUGAGUGGGUUCUCACCUUGUGAUGUCACAAAGCGAAGGACUGCCAGCUACGCCCCCAGAAUGACCCACUUUCUCAACGGAGCUAGCGGUGAUCGGCAAAACAAACAUUAAAGUUUUAAUUUAGUCUCAUUUCAAUUUUUUGCGGGUGAAAUGCAGACUUUCUGCUGAGGCCGGCUCUAGGAUGAUGUCAUAAAAUGGGUGGCACCCACAUGGAACAAAGGGCGGAGCCUCAGAGAUUAAAGUGUCUUUCUCCAGCUAAAUCGGCUCGCAAAAUAAUUCAUAUUUCAGUACACCCUCCUUAUUUAGUGUACCAAAAGGUAAUAUUGUAUCAUAUAUAUGUGUAGCAUGAUAUAGGCCCUUUAAAAUAACUACACUACGUAAGAUUCUAAUUCAAUCUCUAACUUACUCAUAAAUAUGCUUCUAUGCUCUAUAUUGUUUAGAUUUAAUCUGGAUUAAGCCUCAGCAAUGUUACCACUUCUGUAUUAUUGGGCUGGAUGGAGUUAUCUUUCAGGAUAAAUGUAAAAAUGCUGGAAUGUAUGAAGCUCCUAAAGAGGUAUCAAAGAAAAAAAAAAUCUAAAAAUUAAGGUUACUCCCUGGUACCCACCAGUUGUUAUCUGGUGUGCACCAGAUAACAAAA